GUUUCACUGGAGCAGAAUGCAAUCAACGCGAUUACUGCCUCAGUCACAAUUGCUCCGCCUUCGCAGAGUGCAAAAAUGCGCCGACGGGAUUCGAAUGCUGGUGCGAAGGAAGCGCCGACCAAGGAGACGAGACAAGAGCGUGAGCGUGACUUGGUAGAACCCAAAUGGAUUAAUAAAUCUUUUAUUUGGCGUGAAUUUGUAGGACCUCAAUGCCAAAGGGGUUACAAUGCCUGCGCCGAGGAGCACAUGUCAUGCUCAGGUCACGGAGUCUGCAGUCUGGCAGGGAAGCACAACAUCUCCUUCGAGUGCUCCUGCGAAGUAGGAUGGGAAGGAAGGCGCUGCGAAGUGCGUAGACCUCUCUGCGUGGUGGCCAACGAGAGUAAUCAGACCAUCUGCUUGAAUGGUGGUCUCUGCAAGGACCUCGACGCUGAGAAAGGCUCCUACAUAUGCAAUUGUGCAUCCGGAUGGUGGGGUCAACAUUGUGAAAAGAAAGCCGCUAUCAUCUAUAAAAUUGUAUUUGCGGUCAUCGUUUAUGUUGCAAUUGGUUUAAUCACCCUUACAACCAUAAUAUCUUUCAUCUUUUUCUUCUGUAAAAGAAAACGGAAGCCCGUCAAACCGACUCUCACCUUCAUGGCAGGUAGUCAAUUAUCGAAGGCACAACCCGAGUUGAUGAGUCUUUCUUUUCCGAGCAUGAAAAAUGGAGAAGCCUGCCCCAAUAUCCCCCAGCUUACUCUCAAUUACAGCCUGCCGCCCGACUUGCCUCUUGAACGUCCCCAAAUCAGUAUCCCAGACCAAUACGCCUUUGCAGCAUUCGUGUAA